CGUUCGCUCGCUCGCUCGCCGUCUUCGCCCCGUUCGCCGGCUUCUCGCUCAGACCAGUCGCUCGCCGGCUUCUCGCUCAGACCAGUCGCUCGGUUCUCUGUUGCUCGCCACUUCCUUUGCUCGCGGAAGGAGGGAUAUUUCUGCGCUCAGUUGGACAUGGCAAGAACGCAUGAAGAUGAUGAAUUCGAAGAUGGAAGAAACGAUAAACGAGAAAGGAGGAGAGAUCAUCGGCAUGAGCGUGGGCGCAGAGAACGAGAUUCCGAAUCUGGUUACAGAGACAAGGAGAGGUAUUCUUCACGGGACUCUCAGUAUGAACAUGAAAGGGCCUCACAUAAGAGAUCAGAGCAUAGUAGGACAGAUGAUGAUAGACAUGAGAGACGGAGGUAUGAUGAUAGUGAUGUGAAGCCUCGAAAGGAUAGAGAGGUUAACAAAGGGCGAGAUACCCCAACUGGCAAUGAGAAAGAGGGAAGAGAUGGCAAGAAGGUUGAUGGUUCGAAACCAGAACAACCAACAUUGCGGGAGGGCAAUAUGAACACUGAUUCUUCAAACUUGGGCAGAAGUGGAGGAGUUUACAUCCCACCAUUUAAGUUGGCCAGAAUGAUGAAAGACGUCCAAGACAAAAGCAGUGUUGAGUAUCAAAGGUUGACAUGGGAUGCUCUAAGGAAGAGUAUAAACGGUCUGGUGAAUAAAGUCAAUGCAACGAACAUCAAGAAUAUCAUUCCAGAACUUUUUGCUGAGAAUCUUAUCCGAGGAAGGGGUCUUUUCUGCCGUUCUUGUAUGAAGUCUCAAAUGGCUUCUCCGGGAUUCACAGAUGUCUUUGCUGCAUUUGUUGCUGUUGUCAACACAAAGUUUCCGGAGGUUGGUGAACUUUUACUAAGAAGGAUCGUUUUGCAACUCAAGAGAGCUUAUAAGCGGAAUGACAAGCCUCAAUUACUUGCUGCUGUUAAAUUCAUAGCACAUCUAGUUAACCAGCAAGUGGCUCAUGAGAUUAUUGCUUUGGAGCUGCUCACUGUUCUGCUGGAAAAUCCUACCGAUGACAGUGUAGAGGUGGCUGUUGGUUUCGUGACCGAGUGUGGUUCCAUACUGCAAGACCUUUCUCCUAAAGGUCUACAUGGUAUCUUUGAACGGUUUCGUGGAAUUCUUCAUGAAGGUGAAAUAGAUAAGCGAGUUCAGUUUUUGAUUGAAGGUCUUUUUGCCAUUAGAAAAGCUAAGUUUCAGGGUUAUCCUGCUGUUCGCCCAGAGUUGGAUCUUGUGGAGCAAGAAGAUCAACUGACACAUGAGAUAUCACUCCAGGAGGACAUCGAUCCAGAAAUUACUCUUGACAUAUUCAAGCCUGAUUCGCAGUUUGUGGAGAAUGAGCAGCGUUAUGAAGAAUUGAAGAAAACCAUUGUUGGUGAUGAGUCCGAGGAGGAAGAAGAUUCUGAAGAAGGCUCAGAAGAUGGAUCUGCUGAGGAAUCUGAGGAAGAAGAGGAUGAACAGAUGAAAAUUAGAGAUGAGACAGAGACUAAUCUUAUAAACCUCCGGAGAACAAUCUAUUUGACGAUUAUGUCCAGUGUUGAUUUUGAGGAAGCAGGGCAUAAGCUAUUAAAAAUUAAACUGGAACCUGGACAGGAGAUGGAGUUAUGCAUAAUGUUGUUGGAGUGCUGCAGUCAAGAGAGAACUUACCUCCGCUAUUAUGGUUUGCUGGGGCAGCGUUUUUGCAUGAUCAACAAAGUCUAUCAGGAGAAUUUUGAUAAAUGCUUUGUUCAGCAAUAUUCAAUGAUUCACCGUCUUGAGACAAACAAAUUGCGAAAUGUGGCAAAAUUUUUUGCGCAUUUACUUGGCACAGAUGCUCUACCAUGGCAUGUCUUGGCCUACAUACGAUUGACGGAGGAGGACACCACUUCUUCAUCACGUAUAUUUAUUAAAAUCCUCUUCCAGGAACUAUCAGAGCAUCUAGGGAUCCGCUUGCUUAAUGAACGCCUGAAUGAUCCAUUAAUGCAGGAUUCCUUCGAGUCAAUAUUCCCUAGAGACAAUCCCAAGAACACAAGAUUCUCGAUUAACUUUUUCACAUCCAUUGGACUUGGUGGUAUCACUGAGAACUUGCGCGAAUAUUUGAAGAACAUGCCGCGUCUCAUUAUGCAGCAGCAGCAGCAGCAGGCCUCGUCAGAAACCGAUGAAGACUUGGGAAGUUCGAGCUCAUCAGAGUUGGAUGAAUCCGAUUCUGAAUCUUCUUCUGAAUCAGAUUCUGGUUCGUCUGAACGGGACAGGGAUAGAAAACGCAGUAAGAGGAGGAAGAGAAAUUAGGGGAUACAUCCAUUUUACUCGGCUCUUUCAACCAACUGUUGCGUUUACAUUCUUUUCCCUUAUUGUCAUGGAAGGAAUUUUUAUUUGAGUUAGAAGAACAUCUUUUCCUUUCCCACCACUUUCUUUUGGUGGGGCUAGCUUGAGACGAACUGUAAUCGUGUACAGCGGGCGACAUCGCUGGAAUUGCAAUGGUGAGGACCCAUGUGAUUUUGUGCUA